UCAUUUCAACAGGACAUGUUAGCUCAAUGCAUGUUUCCACCCUCAGAUAUUACUGGCAGGGCCUUUUUACUCCAUGCUGACCACAUCAGAGCAGUUAUAAGCAGAUCCACGGCAAUGGAAGCACAUAACCCUGCAUCAGCACCUGGAUUUGCAAAUGUUGGCUAUGCACAGGGAAAUCAGGUCCCCUAUGGCAACCCGCAGUAUGCACCUGGGAAUUUCCAGGGUGGUGCCGGAGCAGGGCCUUAUGGUUUCCAGGCACAGCCCAUGGGAGGCCCACCUGGUCUGGGUGGUCCACCCAUCCAGAACCAUCCCACUGCUAAGGACGGGACAAUCUGGAUGCCCAUCCCUCCUCCUCUUCCCAACUGCCCUCCCGGGCUGGAAUACCUCACACAGAUUGACCAGAUAUUAAUUCAUCAGCAAACCGAACUUCUUGAGGUUUUACUGGGAUUUGAAUCAAACAACAAAUAUGAAAUCAAGAAUACGUUGGGGCAAAGGAUAUACUUUGCGGUAGAGGACACUGACUGCUGUACAAGGAACUUCUGUGGGCCAUCACGACCUUUCACCAUACGGGUUAUGGACAAUCUGGGUCGUGAGGUGAUAACACUGCAGAGACCCCUGAGGUGUUCGCCAGGUUGUUUCCCCUGCUGCCUACAGGAGUUAGAAAUUCAAGCACCUCCAGGAACACCAGUUGGUUAUGUUGUCCAGAACUGGCAUCCCUGCCUACCCAAGUUCACUAUUCAAGAUGAGAGAAGAAUGGAUGUACUGAAAAUUAGUGGCCCGUGUGUUGUCUGCAGCUGUUGUAAGGAUGUUAAUUUUGAGGUGAAGACUUUGGAUGAGAUUUCUACCAUUGGGAAGAUUUCUAAGCAGUGGAUUGGAUUUUUGAAAGAAGCAUUUACAGACGCAGAUAACUUUGGAGUUGCAUUCCCAGUGGACCUUGAUGUAAAAAUUAAAGCAGUCAUGAUUGGUGCUUGCUUUCUUAUUGAUUUCAUGUAUUUUGAGCAUAUUGGUGAUAACCUGCAGCAAACAGGAGUGUGGAAGUGAAACCCAGAACUUUUUAUUUAGAAUGAAGGAAAUAAACCACCCAGCUUUCCAGUGGGUUGCAGAGCUCCCGUGAGAGUAUGAAAAAUAUAUAUCUUGUGCUUGUAAUUAUAUUUCUAUAAACUCUAUAAAGAGCUUUAUUUUCUAGAUUCUGUUUUUGUAAUCUAAUCAUAUUAUUUGUAGUAUUAAAAUAAGCACCCUUUGCCUGUACAGAUAAAUACUGUAGUGUAUAACAAUGUAUAGUAACCUUUUUCCAAGAAAUUUGGAAUUGUUUAUUAAAAAUUUUUAUUGUAAUUCCUAAAAAAAACCAAAACAAAACAAAAAAAAAAA